GAGGGGGCAAGCGACACACAGAGGGUGAACACCCUGGAGAGACUGAGAGGACGAGACUGGAAGUAGGAGAGAAUGUGUGUGAAUGGAUGUUAGAGAGAGAUGGUUCUGUGCUGGAACUGGACGCUAAGACACUGAGGAACAGGGGAGACGAGAAGGAGAGCACCUUGAGGAAGACAGGAAUCAUAAAACAAGGCUAAUUUGGUGCAACCUGGAAUCAAUAAUUGAAGGAAACAAGAACUAAGAAUGUGGGAGAGCAGAAUGAGAUGACAUCUGAGAAGGAAUUUGCAAGAAAAGAAGGGAAAAUAAGAGUUACUCAUGGGUUGUGUCUUCAGUAAACAGCAGUGGGGUGAAGAGAGAAAUUCUCAGCCCCCUGACCCCCCAAAAACACGAGACUGCACAGAGGAUGCAGAAAUUCUCAGCUUAACGGAGCUGGGGAAAGUGAGUUCACACUCCUUUAAAGAGAGGUACUUCAUGAAGAAACACCACUGUGCUGUCUGUAGACAAACCCUCAACAGCAAUGGCAUGUACUGCAGAGAGUGUAAAACAGUAGUACAUAAGAAAUGUGAGGCAAAGGUCUCUGUCCCCUGUGAAGCUAUCUCAAAUAAACCCCAGUUCCAAAACCAGAUGAACAUUCCUCCCAGUAGAGACAGUGUGGACAGCGUAAUGGAGAGGUUGAUGGACAGGCAGCAUGAUUUUGACCUGACCUACAUCACUGAGCGUAUUAUCUCUGUCCUCUUUCUGUCUGACUUGGAAGAACAACAUUACAGUGCCAAUAUGAAGGAAGUAGCAGCCAUGCUGAAAUGUAAACAUCAAAAUAAGGUCUUGCUUAUAAAUCUGUCAGAGAAACGGCAUGAUAUCUGCAGGCUUAAUCCAAAGGUUGAGGAGUUUGGAUGGCCCGAUCUGCAUGCCCCUCCCCUCGAUAAAAUAUGUGCUGUGUGCAAGUCCAUGGAGAGCUGGCUGACCUCUGACCCCCAAAAUGUAGUUGUAUUGCACUGCAAGGGAAACAAAGGGAAAACAGGAGUGAUUGUAGCAGCUUACAUGCACUAUAGCAAAAUAUCAGCAGGAGCAGAUCAGGCUCUCUCCACAGUUGCUAUGAGGAAAUUCUGUGAGGAUAAAAUCACUCCCUCUCUUCAGCCCUCUCAGAACAGGUAUAUAUAUUAUUUUGCCAGUCUUCUCUCUGGCGCCAUAAAGAUGAACAGCUCAUCUCUGUUUCUGCAUCAGAUUCAUAUUCCAGCUUUGCUCAACUAUCAGUCAGGUGGAGCAUCUGUUUCCUCAUAUAUCCCAUUGCAUUUUACAGGUUACUCUCCCUUCCUGAAGAUUUAUCAGUCUUUGCAGCUGGUAUAUUCUUCUGCCAAAUAUGAUAUUCAGGGUCCCAACAGUAAGAUGCUGUGUGUGAAUAUUGAACCAGCUCUACUUCUAAAGGGAGACAUCCUGGUGAAGUGUUAUCACUGCCAAUCAGGUGUGUGUAAGAGAGAAUGUAUGUUUAGGGUUCAGUUUCACACCUGUAGUGUUCAUGGAUCUCAGCUUACCUUUGGCAAAGAGGAACUUGACCAUGCCUGCACAGAUGACCGUUUCCCUGCUGAUGCCAAAGUAGAGUUAGUGUUCUCUUCUGGUCCACAAAGGGCAAGAGGUGGAGAGUUGCAGUGGAUUGAACCGGGAGUAAAUGUCGAUUACAGCACCACAGAUUCUGUUGUACGCUGGGACUCAUACGAGAACUUUAACCUUCACCAUCAGGAUAGUGUUGAGGAUAUCUGUCACACACGCGGGCCUUUGGACGGCAGUCUGUAUGCUCAGGUGAAGAAGCGUCAUGCACCAGAAUCUAGUCCCAGUGGAUGCCAGGCCUCCAUCAAUACCUCCCCACACUCAACCAGUCAUUCCUCCUCUACUCCCCACAUUCAUCUUUCCAUCCAGCCUCUCUCGCUCACCACAGACUCAAAUCCCUCCUCUUCACCCUCCAAGUCCUGCUCUCUACUUCCAUCCUGUGUUGAAAGUGAAAAAAGAGUGAAGGAUGAACACAGAGAAACAGCAAUACUGGAUGAUGGCGACUGCUCUCCUCUGAGACCAGAUCGUUCUGUUCAGCCCUGUUACAGUCAUCCGUAUUCCCACACUCAUUUGUUUUGCAGCCCAGAUCUGACCAGCCCACAUGCACUGGCACAAAUGGUCCACCCCAAACACCACACACUUCCCUGCAACCGCACCGCUUCACUGCCAGUCCGGGAUCUGCGUGUAUCCCAGCCAGAUCUUUUAUGGGAGAGAGGACGCUGUCUGCAGCAUGCCUGCUCUGAAACAGUCAGACACCUGUAUUCAUACCCCACUCCAGAAAUGCCACUUUCCCAUUCACAGUCUUUCCAUUCCCACUCACUUCCUCCACAGACACGCUCAUUCAUUUCAGGGGAGGCAUGUCCUCUUAUCCAUUGCUCCGCCCUCCCUCAGGGUCACACCCACAUCCCUCCUUCUCCAUCCCCAAAUCAGUCACUGAUUUCCAGUCCCUACCGAGAGUUACGUUAUAGCUCUGCUCCACCAACAUCGUGCUUCUGCCAAGACUGUUCCCGUUUACGGGAGGAUGUUGCCCUCCAUUCUUUACGAGGUAGAGAGUCAGAGGGUCUGCCUUGGUCUAGAGAAGAGGAGUUUGGGUUUAGGAGGGAGGGGCCUGUGCACUGGAGGGAUGGAAGGGUGGAGUCUCAUUGGGAAGGAGUUCAAAAUUCGGAAUACUGGCGACGCAAAACAGUGAUGUCACCAGUGACGUUAUUAUCUUACGGACAUUGCCACACUGUUCCAAAACAAGACCCCGCAGUAUAUGUCACAGACACCAUCCCUGAACAUAUUACCCCAGUGAGUCCAUAUCCAAGCCCACAAAGCAGUGGCUACCACAGCCCUCAUCCACCCUGUCCCUGUUCUCCACAACCGUUUAAAGAGAGUCCUGGAUAUGCCUCCAUCAGUCAUUCCACAAACUCCUCGCCACUUGCUUUCACACCAUCCCCAAGACGAGCCAGUCACAACAAUUCUUCAGCUGAAGAUAGUCAGCACUGCACAAAUGAUGGGGGUAUCAAGGUUUUUGAAGCUGAUAAAAGUCACAAUAAGGCCUUUUCUUCUCCCAACCAGGACAGCAGACCAUUGGAGGCUGAAGAUCCAGUGAAAAGCACAGGUCAAGAGGAUGAGACUCUGCCAGGAUCUCUGAUCACUGUUGUCACCGUUGUCAAUGCAGAAACCACAGAAAAAACAGAACAACAGCAUUCAGAGGCUAAGAAAACACCCUUCAUAGAAUCUACAUCUAACACAGCUCCAUCAUGCCCUUACUCCACCCUCACAUCUAAAGGGGUGGAGUCAGUGCAGGUACAUACGUACAACCCAAGCCCUCUCAGCAACAGUUUUCCAGAAUCAAAGCAGAAUAAAGAUGAGCGCCCAGGCUCGUGCUACACUACAACAUCAACCUCAACAAUUCCUCCUAUUUGCUCUUCAGAGAGAAGCUCCGCCUCUGAAUUCUCUUCAUUAAACAUCAGUGCUGAAAGGCAAAGCCUGACACCCUUGACCGACUGCACAUCAUCCAAUGGGGAAAGCAGUAACAGUGACUUUAGAGCAUCAUCCCCUGACCCUGAUGGCUAUGUCACACCCUCAUUCCCUAUAGUAUCAUAUAGCUAUCCCCUUCUGACAGUGCCUCAUGUACCAUAUACAGGCUACACUGCUGUUACCAUCCCAGCCUCCUUACCCCAACCUCCUCUUCCAGAAAAACAACGCUCAUCACACCUUCAGAACGUAUCUGAUUGCACUGGCAGAAGCUCAUUAAAAUCAGCUGCAAAACUUCCUACUUCCUCUGCCCAGUUCCAUGUGUCCUUCUUCUCUGCUACCAGUGAAUUGCCUGCAACAGCUAGAUGCAAAGCAACGCCCUCUAGUGGAGUGGAGGAAACGGAGAACCGCCUCAGCUCCAAGUUUGUCCAAGACAGCUCCAAGUACUGGUACAAACCAGGCAUCUCUAGAGACCAGGCUAUCGCUGUAUUGAAAGAUAAGGAGCCUGGCUGCUUCCUCAUUAGGGAUAGUAAUUCAUUCCAAGGCGCAUAUGGAUUGGCCCUCAAAGUCGCCACACCUCCAGCCCACGCUAGUAACCAUGGUGAGAUGGGCAGCCCUCAGGAGCAGCUCGUUAGGCACUUCCUGAUUGAGAGUGGAGCAAAAGGAGUGAAGAUCAAAGGCUGCCAAAAUGAAACAUAUUUUGGUUCCUUGUCUGCUUUGGUGUAUCAGCACUCCAUAACACCCGUGUCUCUUCCUUGUGUUCUGCGCAUCCCAGAUAGAGACCUUGUUGGAGAUUUGCAUGCGUUGCAAAGUGGAACAAACACUAGCACAGCUGCGGACCUGUUGAAACAGGGGGCAGCUUGUAAUGUUCUCUACCUAAACUCUGUGGAAACGGAAUCUUUGACUGGCCCGCAAGCUGUCUCCAAGGCAACCAAGUGCACUUUGACCCAAGACCCUCGUCCUUCGCCAACAAUUGUCCACUUCAAAGUAUCCACACAGGGCAUCACCCUCACUGAUAAUCAGCGCAGACUGUUUUUCAGGCGACAUUACCCUAUUCAUAGUGUGACUUUCAGCAGUGAAGAUCCAAUGGAUCAAAGGUGGAUUGAUGCUGAUAACCCUUCCUGCAAGAUGUUUGGAUUUGUAGCACGGCGCAGUGGUGGUAUGGGAAACGUGUGUCACCUGUUUGCAGAGCUUGACCCAGAGCAGCCAGCCAAGGCCAUUGUGAACUUCAUCAAUAAAGUCAUGCUGGGACCUCAACAGCUGCGAAAAUGAAUACAGUAUUAGGGAGGCGAAGAAGAACAAAACAGAAAGAAAGGAGAACAUUUAUAGAGAGCAGUGCAGUGGAUAAUGUCAGUAUUAGGUUUAUGUACAGAAUAAGGAGCAUUUUAUCAUUAUAAUACACAAAAACUAACCUUUUACAAAAACUCAGUAUUCAGGCUCAGUCAGAAUUAGGUUGGUGUUGAAAAAAAGUUACAUUUUAUGCUUUUUAUUAAUCAAAAGUGAGACUUUAUGAGGGGAACAAAAAACAUUGAAAUGGAAAUUUUCCUGGUUAAGUAGGCUAUUUAAAUAUAAAGUAUAAAUGAGACCUUUUGUCAAACCUUGAGAAAAUGGGCCUUAAUUCUAUCACUCAGGAUGCCAAAGAUGUAUGACUGUUAUUACAUUGUUCCACUUUUAUUUUCAUUGUUUUUAUUUUUUUCCUUGCAUGUUUACUUUUAAAAUAAAUGGUCAGAAUGUUUUGGUUUGUUUUGGUUGUUUGUUUUGUAUUUAAAAUGGCCUUUACAUGAGGUAAAGACAUAUUUCAGCAACUGAUGCAUUUUUUAAUUCAUACUAUUUUAUGGAUUUUAAAUAAAAUGUUAAUACAAAUUGAAUGGAAAACUAGACUCUAGACUCUCAUUUUAACAUGGAGUGCUUGAUUUAGUUAUUUAAUAAAAGU